ACCGGAAGUGCGGUUCCAGGACAACGCGAUCAUGGCGGACGUACCAAGCAACGCGCCAUCACAUUGUCCAGGAACAGGCAGUGAUAAUGCUGGUAAAGCUUCAGCCUGCCAGGGCUGUCCCAAUCAAGCUUUCUGUGCCUCAGGUGCAUCCAAAGCUACAGAUCCAGCAAUUCAGGAGAUUAAGGAUAAGAUGGCAUCUGUAAAGCAUAAAAUCUUGGUUUUAUCUGGAAAAGGAGGUGUUGGCAAGAGCACUUUCAGUGCGCACUUAGCCCACGGAAUAGCAAGUGACGACAGUAAGCAGGUUGCUCUUCUGGACGCUGACAUGUGUGGCCCAUCCAUUCCAAAAAUAAUGGGAGUGGAAGGUGAACAAGUACACCAGAGUGGGUCAGGAUGGUCUCCAGUGUAUGUGGAAGAAAAUCUGGGUGUAAUGUCAAUUGGAUUUUUACUCAGCAGCCUUGAUGACGCUGUAAUUUGGAGGGGCCCAAAGAAAAAUGGUUUAAUCAAGCAGUUCUUACGAGAUGUGGACUGGGGUGAAGUAGAUUAUCUGAUUGUUGAUACACCACCUGGUACCUCUGAUGAACAUCUUUCCAUUGUACAGUACCUGAGCACCACACAAGUCGAUGGAGCUGUGAUCAUUACCACUCCACAGGAAGUGUCGCUACAGGAUGUGAGAAAGGAAAUUAACUUCUGUCGGAAAGUGAAUUUGCCUAUAAUUGGGGUUGUAGAAAAUAUGAGUGGUUUUGUGUGUCCAAAGUGCCAGCAUGAAUCUCAGAUUUUUCCACCAACUACAGGAGGUGCCAUGAAGAUGUGUAAAGAUUUAAGCAUUCCCUUCCUUGGUAAAGUGCCCUUGGAUCCUAGGAUAGGAAAGAGUUGUGAUGAAGGCAAGUCAUUUUUGACAGAAAUUCCAGGUUCUUCAGCAACUCUUGUCUACAAGGAUAUCAUUCAUCGAAUCCAAGAACACUGUGCCACUCACCAAUCUGAUGUAGAAGCAACCACCUAAUGUAUCAAAAGAUUUUCUGCAAUCUGCUGAGCGAAUUUGGCCAACUUAAGUCAGUGGAGGAAACCACAGCUGAAGCUGAAUUUGCUCUGACUGCAUAUUUUCAGUUUUCAUUCGUAAUCUCUGAACUUCAAGAUAAUUCUUUGCUAUCUUGGCUCUACUGCUAUACUCCGUGAAGCUCUCAUUUUAGAUUUCAGUUUAAAUUACUUUAAUGGAAUAGAAUGAUGGACAUAAGGAUUUCUAAUAAAGAGUCUUUUUAUAUUUGUUGCACUGCCAGUGGAGAAAGACAUUUUUGAUUGAGUGGUCUAAUCAUGCUGCAAAGGGGAGUUAAAUAUAGAAUUAUUUCCCUUAUUCAGCCAUAACCUAGUGUUUGGUGGGGGGAACCAGUGAAGGAAAAAGCAAAUUGUACUCAUGGCUGCCAAGACAUAAUGCCCUUUCAGGAAACAGCAAUAGAAUCACCAUACCAAGCCUUUGACUCAGCGAGCAGGAACUCUAUACUCAAAUACAACACAGAAUUUUACUUCUCUGCUUUCUGCUGGGUUUUGUGACUAUGUGUUGAGAGAAAAAGGUUACAUGAUAGCUACCUUCUAGCUACAAUGUAUUAUCUUCACAUUUAAGUCUGCAUUUCACCUCCCCGUCACCAGUAAUUUUUGAUAUUGCUGCUGAGUCUCUGAUUAUGAAUUAUAUAUUUAAACAACAACUCAAGAACUAAUGUGAAUCCCAAAGGAAGACUCUGGUCUCCUUCAAUCUCCUCCAAUAAAAGCCAAAUUACUCAUUUGGAUUAUUGUAGUGGCUUUUUGUUUCCAAACUGACAACAUCCUUUUAGAAAAUUGUUAAUACUAUUUGGAGUUUUCUUCAGGUGUCAAUGUUAAAUACUGUUUAUUUGAUUAAUGCAAUUUUGAUACCUCAAGUCAAAGCAGUUCCACGUGAUAAAUCUGUGUUAGUAUCAUGUGGAAAUAAUUGUGUUAAUAAUGAUUACAAACUUCACUUUUAUCGCUGUCCUCGCUAUUUUCAGUUACUUUCACUUUGUCCAAAUGUUGAGUCAAUUAGGCUAAAGCCCAAAUCUUUGAUUUUGUGUACUGUUUGUGUUUAGAUUAGAUGAUUAGCCAGUCUGCAAUCUGACAGAUUAAGUGGAUCCCAAAAUCUGUGCUCCAUCCUGCAAGAUACACGACAAAGUUGGAUUCUGAGUUUGUUAAAAUGUUGUAAGAUCAUAAUAGUAAUCGUGUAAAUUAAUGUAAUAUAUGUUGAACUUGUAUGUUGACAUUUUAAUAAACCUCAGAAGUGAGAAAGGCACUGUACUUUCAGAACAAAGUGUUUUUCAAAAUUUACAACAUAAAUAAAAUAACUUUAGCUUACA